CCAAAGCACAACUCCGAUUCGUUCUCGACGAACAGUCGCGUCGCCUUUUAUCCGCCUACAAAGAAUUAAAAUUGUUCGUCAAACAGUUUAACGCCUGGCAAACAAGAACAUUUCGUAAAAUCUUUGAAUUUAUCGAACGAAUCGGCUAUGUGUAACAUUUCGCAAUCCCUCCGGAGUGUAUAGUUUUCCGAAUAAGCAUUGCCCGUUUUACUUCCUCCACAAGUUGCGAUGGAGAAUAGCAAUUUAGAAGAUGGGCUGUAUGGCCCUUUGGAGGACGACGAUUUUAGAGAAGAGGAGUACGACGCAUUCAACAAUGAAACUUUUGGCUCUGAUGCCGCCAUCGGUGAUUGGGAGAAAGAUCACGAGAAACUUUCAGAGAUCGCUGAAUCAAGUCGGAGCAGACCGAAAAACGAGAACGCAUCGAAUAAGAAAAAUGGAGUACCUGCGGAUAUUGAAGAUAAUUUAUCGCAUCUAGUAUUAGAUGAAAAGGAAGGGAUCGUCCCCCGGCCUGGAGUAUGGGAUAGUCCGUCAAAUUUGUCCUUACCUAAACCUGGGCCAUCUGUCACAUUACCAUUGGCCUUGACCACCGCACGUACCGUCACAGAAUUAGAAAAAAGUAUCGUUGGUAGUAGACCACCUCCAGGAUUGGCAAAGCCUGUUCAAUUACUACAACAGCAACAACAACAACAACAACAACCACCGCAACAACAACAGCAGCAACAACAGAAGUCCGAUGGAUCCCAUCUGUUCGAAUCUUUAUCAACAUCGCCGCGCUUUCCACCAGGAUUAGGCAUACCGUCCGCUCAUCCUGUUAUUCUACCCCCAAAUGCAAGAUUCCCACACAUGCAAUUUAUACCACACCUUAGGCAAUUACCUAAUCAAACUGGAAACGUAUUGAGGUAUCAAAUUCCAGCGCAUUUGAUGGUGCCACACGCUGGGCAUUUAAUGGUGCCACAUGGUGCGCAAAGACAACCAAUUCAUGGUUCAUUUUGCAAUAAUUUUCCUCAACCUCCACACUCGAAUUUAGGGCCUCCGUCGUUUAUGCGAACGGAUCACAGCAUGGUGCCUCCUUUUUCUAGCAAUCAGAUCGGUCCUCAUCAGCAGCAACAUUCUUUUCCGUAUUCUGGAAACCAACGAAAUCAGAACAGAUCUUUCCAUCACCCAGAACAACAAGGAAAUCAUCAACCAUUUUUUAAAACUAAUCAGUAUCAUCGUAAUCAUGAGUGGAAUUACCAGCAACGACCAUACCAUUACCAUCAUCAUAAUCAUACAAUAAACGGAAUGACCAAUACGGGAGAGUACGAUGAAUAUGCUGGUCUGAUGAGCAGUCGGGAAAAACAGUGGUUGAUUAACAUACAAUUGUUACAACUAAACACAAACGAGUCAUACGUCGAUGACUACUAUUACACCGUCUUCUGCGACAAGAAGAACAAACAGAACGCAAGUCAAGACCAAAAAGAUAAAAAGUUGCACAAUAACAAUAAUGGUUACCACAGGGAUUCAAGCUUCGCGUUUUUUAGGGAUCGAGAACAAAGUCAGCAUCAUACUCUUUUUAAAAAAAACUAUAUACCGGCACAAUUCGAAAAUUCACUAGGGAAGCUACAAUUUGCUAGCGUGAUAGCGCCGCGUAAAGUUAUCGAUAUGGACGUUGUACCAAACAGCGAUCCUCAGUCAGCUACGCAAAUACAACAAAGGGAUACGAGGAGAACGAGACAAUUGUUGCUCGAAAUCGAAAGGUUGUAUGUAGUCCAAUUGAAGCUGGAGGAUUUGCAUAAUCCAUUAGCCCUACUCGGUGAACAACAACAGAAUCAAGAAAGAGAAAAUGAAGCGAACAUCGUUAAAAAAACAAAACCAGAACUAAUAAACACGAUGCUGUCUUCUUUACAUCAAUUGAAUCAAGACGAUAAACUGACAAGCAUGCUUAGCAUUCGCAAAGGAAAAACACUGUUAUUGAGGUUCUUACCAUUCGUGGACGUAACAGAGUAUCGCGCUCAGUUGGAAGACCUGUGGAACGCGAUAUUCCGAGGAUUAGCUAUAAUAGGUCGAAGAGAUUCCCAUUUGUUGAUAACGCUUUAUUUGGAGUUUCAACGGUGGAUAGCCGUCGUACAAGACUUUGGUGCAAUACUACGGCUAGUACGAUCCUUAUCCGAUUCCGUUGGCCACUCGGUCAGGAACAACAGUUUAUCGUUUGCUCUUACGAACAAGUUCGGCGUAUCUGUAAUAGCAUCGAUGUUGGAACGAGCAGAGGAUCUAUAUCCUACGGAUGAUUCGUCCUCGGAGUGGUCAUCUUUCAUAGCGAACAUCAUUGAAAUAACCGGCGAAUCAUCACCCUGCGUCGCACCUUGUCAACCAGUGGCCGCAAACACGCUCAGUCAGCAUUUAAACCGAUUAUCUCGCGUGAAAACUGAGGGGUACGCGAAUCUGGAACUUUUGCUAACAGACGCCAACCCAUCCCGAUAGUCGGAAGUCGAUCAAAUGAUCUUCGCUGUAACUGUUUCCAGUAAUUUUCAUUUUUGUCUUACGAAAACAGAAUCGGGUCGAAGGAGAACUGCAGACACAUUAAUGCUGCUACAAUAUUAAGUAUAUAUUUUAGUUCGAUCGAUCACCAUACUCUCACAGUAGAUCCAUGCUUUUCGCCUCGUAUUUUAAAUGUGACGUCUAUUAUUCGAUUGUUUCCCAUUUAUAUUUAACUCGAUCGAUUUAUUUAGCCGAUGUACCGCCUAACAUUUCAUAUAAUCUCUGUCCGCGAGUCUACUGUGUAAAAUUGGUCAUCGAUUUCGAUUUCCUUUACGCGAACUACACAUCCUAUGUUCGUUUGCCGUUUAGUUGUAAUACUCUUUGUAUUUUUAUUUCGUUCGAAUUCAUUAUGAUAUUAAGCGCGGUAUCGUUGAAUCGUAAAAGAUUUAGUAUCGUGUCACUCGAUUCUGCUGACAGUUUGUGAGAACUUAUUCGGUGUAAAGUUUGGAACGUUUAUCAAUUGUUCCGCCUUCUAUUAGAUUAAAACAUUCAAUGUUUUAACGCUCAAUGUGAUUGUUUUCAUGCGUGAACCUUAAAAUAAUUAGGCCGCCAUAGGGUGUGUAGAUUUUUCACUUCUUUUGAGAUAUCAAAAGUAACAGCAUGUUAUUGUAAUCACUUGUCGACGAGAGCCAGCUUUUCUCUAAAGAGAUGUAUCGUACAAGGUAAUUACAUUAUCUUUGUGGAAGUUAAAUUCUGUGAAACGCAUCGUUUAUUCGUUUCUGCUCUUGAUUUUUCGAGCCUUAACGGAGAUCCCGGGUAUUGCGUAAUUGCAAGAAUUGUGUAUAAGUUUCCACGCCAAGAUCCGGAGUAUUACAACAUUUUUAUAUAACGUUAUUAACGCAUUGAGUAGUGAACAAAUUUCAAAGGAAACCGAUGUGAUUGUCGUUCUUGUCCGGACUCCGGAGGCGCGCAAUUGCAACGCUUUCGUGGAUUAGUAAACGUUUUUUGGAAACAUUGGCGACCGUUUCGUGUGCAUUUUUGAAACACUGAUCAGUGUUUAGGAAAAGCGUUCGCGCAGUUGCUUCCUGCUCGUUGUAAUAUGCAAAAGAAAAAUAGAAAAGAUCAGGUCAGAUAAAUUGUUGCAGCCCUGUAGCAAAUGCGCGAACAACGUUUUCAAAUAUACGACGACAUGGCCUUUAGUAAACAGUGUAAGUGGUUACUUUUUAUCGCAGAACACAUUGAACAAGUCUUAUAUGUACAUUUAGCUUGUAUGUACAUAACAGCGAUUCCGAUGAAUGAAUAACUUCAUAUAUUUUGUAAUUGGAAUGCAAAAGAAAAUUUAUUUUUUGCUUCCACGAGGCAUAGCACUACGUCAUUUUUGCAAAAAAGAUAAAAUGGAAAAAAGGGAAAGAUUAUAGAACAAAUGAUGAGAAUUAUCGAUCGCGUUAUUUUUUAAUCUCUGUAGUGAAUUAUAUAAAAUCGAUGAAAUUGACUCGGCAUUCUCAAACUCGCAUAGUGUAUAUUAAAAGUAUUCGUUAAACUGAGCGGUGCGUUAUGUCGCGGUCCAGUACUUGUACUCUUCUCUUGUAACGUAAGACACUAAUUAUAAGUUUUGCGAGCUCCUCUUUUCCCGUUUCUUUUUAGAACGUAUGUACCACUGUAUCUAACCGAGUCGUUCUUAAGUUUCUUAAUGGAUUCCGACGAGGUCACUUCUCAGUUCAACUGUUCGAAUUCAGUGUGAUGUAUGCUAGCGCAAAAUCAGUCUCGACGAUUUCUAUUUCCUACUAAAACCGGUAACCGAGAUCGGUUUUGAAUUUUGAGGGAAGUUGAUUAUACUUACUGUUUUGUAAAAUGCCAAUCGAACGGUGACCGAGCUGAAACAAGCACGUUUCGAUUCCGUACUAUCGGACGAAAGAUAUUUGUUGAGCCUGUACAAAUUUUUUAAUCUUUGAAAGUAAACUGUACCAUAAAGUUUAAUCAGCGUUAAUCAUUUACGGCGUCGUUAAUUCUGCCGUAUUGUUUUUUCGUAACUGCAAACAUUUCGUUUUUGUAUUUACAUUUAAAAGCUUAGUUUACCACGCAAUUUAACGCUUUACCCCUCUAUUAAAAUAGGAUUUCCUAGAAUUGUGCUAUAUCAAAAAGAAACUUAAAAAUUUCUUUUUACGUAAUCUCUCCGUCAUUGAAAAUUUUCAAUUGUCAUUGAAAAAUUUGAGAAAUCUUUAAAUGUGAAACAAAGAUUUUGAACAAUUGGGCGUGUCUGCAAAACGAAUUCGCGUAUUUUGAAAUUAGAUCGUGGAACGUCUGCGCAACGAAUUUUAAAUGGAAAUUGAAGUCUCGAAUAAAUAUUGUGAAUUCACGUAA